UCUGCUGACCCCGUGUUUUAUGCAGAGCAGGCCAUCCCCGUCUUGCGUGCGACCAGCCCUCAACACUGCCUGCGAAAGUUCUAUUGCUACCCGCGCCCCCCAGCACCGAUCACUAUCCUGAUCGACAUCCCUACGUUCGCAAUACCACAUCACACGAGUACCUUCGCGCAUACGACACUACGAGCGAGGGUCAACCGAUCGCUGUGGCCCACUGCACGACGCAACAUCGUCAAGAGAUAGUGUAGGCUUUGAACAUGAAGGGGAACUGCAGGCGAUAAUGGCAGUCACGACACAGCGCAGAGCCGCACCAAUGAUCCACGGUGGCAGACAACUCCGGAUACCCUCCCACGAGCACACACAUCCACCACCACGACCACGGCAGAGACAACGUACGAUGCCUCUACUGCGCACACUACCAACCGUCCUCUUCUUCCUCGUCCUCGCCUCGUUCCUUCCGCGCGCAAACGCCGUAUUCAUCGACUUUGAGAGCUGCUUGAACAAGCUGUUCCUUGACAAUGAUGUGCCCUUCCUUCAGUUCACGCCUAUGUACGUUUGGGCGGCGUUCGACACCCACAACCCAACACACAACCUGAAUGUAACGGUUUACGGAAAUGUGUCAGGUCAAUCUGAUAGGGGCACAUUGCCUUCUCCUUCUGAUACGAGUAAAUGGGACAACCCCAACAGCACGUUAUUUGGAAAAAUCGAAGACGUUGACAAGCUUUCCAACCACUACACCACGCUAUUCUCCGACUUCAGGACACUCACCUACUCGUCAUGGACUCCGACGGGUGUCCAGUUCUGCGCGAAUGUCUUGAAUACCACCGUCUCGGAUUGUCCAAUGGCGCCAGCUUUCAACGCCAAUGCGAGCGAUCCAUACAGUUUGCCAGGCUUCACUGUAGCACACGACUUCCACAGCACAUAUGCCUUCUCCACUUGGGCGUUGGAGCUGCGCAUUGUGUCCGGCGAUCAGAGGGCGUAUACCUUGGGAUGCGUGUCUGCGAACAUCACUCCGGAUCUGGGGAAGAGGUUGUCCGAUGCAGUCUGUUAUAUGCCGGCUGCUGUGCUUAUACUUGUGGGUGUAGCGACCGUCUUUGCAGCCACGUGCAGCCCAUGGGGAACCUCGAACAUCUUUCGUUGGACUAGCAACUAUGGCCGUGACGAGGAUCUUUUGCGCCUUGUUACUCCUGGAUUCGGUGAUUGUCUGCAGUACAUCCAGUUCAUCGUUCUGGCGGGCAGUCUGAGCUUGAACUACCCUGGCUUCUUUCAGCCGGCGAUCAGCCAGGCCAGUUGGUCUGUCCUCUUAUUCAACGAGAGCUUCGUAAGCAAAGGCAACGGCUCGCAGAGUCUCGAUGAUGGCAUCUACAUUGUUAACGGUACCUAUGGGCUGACUCGUCUCGGACAAUACGUGGGCAUGACCAAGGAACGGGAUAUGUGGGCUUGCAUGGCCAUCUUCCUCCUUGUCCUCAUUGCCAUCGUCAUCGUUUUGACACAGGUUGGCUUUGUUGGACGUUGGCUCAUGCGUAUGCUCACCAAUACCCAAGAUGGUGACCUCACUGGCAAGAACUGGUCGUUUACCGCCGGCAACAUUGUUCGUAUCGUCUUCAACUUCUUUAUGUUGCCAAUCAUUGCACUAUCCCUGUUCCAACUGGUCGUGGCCCCGCGAUCACCUGGUUCUGUAGUCGGCGCUGCCGCUGUGCUUCUCAUUGGAGUCAUGGGAAUAGCAUUCUGGAUCUUUUGGCUCAUCUUCACCACGCGACCGCGCGCUCACCUUUUCGACGACCUACCAACUGUCUUGACGUACGGGCCGUUGUACAACACAUACUCUGAUGACGCCGCACCAUUUGCUUUCAUCCCUGUGUUGCUUACCAUCAUACGAGGCAUUGCCAUAGGAGCUAUUCAGCCCUCAGGUAUUGCCCAGAUUGUCAUGCUCGCUAUCUGCGAGGUAAUUCUAAUCCUAACUCUACAUGCUUUCCGGCCGUUCCAAUCGAACACAUCGAUGAACGCCUACCACACCUUCUUCUCGGCCGUCCGACUCAUUUGCAUCCUCCUCUCGGUAGCGUUUGUACCCACUCUUGGGGUCGCAGAGUCCUCGAAAGGCUGGAUCGGUUACGCCAUCCUGCUUCUACACGCCGUUGUUCUGAUCUUUGGCUUCUUCCUCAAUGCUCUGCAGACCAUUGUUGAGGUCAUUGCGAGAUUGUCGGGUGCUGGUGCAGAUACUAGAGGAGGCCUCACUAAGGUUUUCGGCAAACGUCAACUUUCGAAGCGAGUAAACCAUCGACAGCAACGCAGCAGUCUCAACUCGAACGCGGCGAUGCUUGUCAAUGACGAGAACAAGAACAUCCAGCUUAUGGACAGCCGGUCACGCAGUUUGUCUGCCAGCUCUGCCGUGCUUCUCAGUCAGCCAUAUGAUAGGGACGAGCAGCGUCGGAGCGGAGGGUUCGACUUCAGUUCUGGCGAAGGCAACAGUCCGGGUACGCCAGGAGUCAACGCGAUGCCUUUCAAUUUCCUGGGCGGUAGCUCUGGCCAGAGCUCUCGAAGGCCAACGAUGGGAACACAAUUGGACACAGCGGAUCCAUAUUACAGGCCACCGCGCGUGCGCACAAACACCAUGGAUUCGGUGGGGCCGGGUGCACGUGGUCGAGGAGCACCACCGCCAGGAAGCGCAGACAUUGUUGAUGCGCCAUACUCGGACCAAAUGGACAUCGAAGCCGCUCACGAUGCAGGCGAAGGCCCCUCGCGCGCGUCACCAGCGUACCUGCGCAUGAACCGGGAGAAUGACUCUGAUCCGAAUCUCGAACGCCGCAACAACACAGACUAUUCAGUGCGAGAGUCUGACUUCUACUACGGUCUCCGUGGACCCGCACUAUCAUCACAACCCAGCCGAAAGUUGAAGACUGGACCCGCUGAUCCGAUGAGCCCAGUGUCAUCAGCGACAGGCUGGUUCAAGAACCUCAACCUGCUGGGCGGCGGUCGCAAGAAGGAAAAGAGCAAGGGCUUCGAGGUGGUCAGAAGCACAAGAAUGCCGCCCCAAAUGAUGGCAGUAGAAGAGCAAGAAGAGCACGAGCAGUCGCCUCGGCCAACACAAGAGCCUUAUCGCGAUCACCCCGAUUCACCCGAAUCAAAGAAGAGCCAAAAGAGUCCACCGCGGGCUGUUGCACCAGCUGGAGUACUAGCUGGCGAAAGCAGAAGAUCACCGUCGAGUGACAGCGAGUCGGACUUUAGCGACGAAGGCGACGAAGAGCCUUUCGCAUACGAUUCAAAUCGCGUGUCUGAGAUACCACCCAUGCUGGGACCUAUCGAGACUGGUGGCGGCAUCGAGCUUCCCAGUAGGGUAGGGUCGCGCGUCUCCCGCACAUCAAGACGAGGGCAACCCGGCGGCCGGGCACCGAUAUUACCAAGAAGGAGCUCUCGACGUACGGCAUCGACAGAAGCCGCUAUUCUCGAGAACAACGCACGACUAUCAAGGAUAAUGGACUCUCCGCCCAUGCCGCAAAGCAACCAGCAUCUGCAACCUACAGGUGGCACACUACCUAUCCGCUUGCCGUUCGGUUCCACAGACCCUUCGCCUGAGCGAUCACCUGGCCACUCAGCAGCUUCGAGCGCGUACCGUCAAGCACUCGCUCCACCGCCUGUCCUAGGUGGAAAUGGGAUGGUGAGCACAGGCUACGUACAAGGCCACAGGACGCAGGACAGCUUCCACAGUGAUGGCUAUGACGGCGCCGACGUGGAAGCGAGGGCCGAGAUCGUAGGCCGCAGUCAGAGCGGCAGCACACAGAUGAGCGGACAGAGUCGAAGAUCAAGACCACUCUGAUCUCGUCUUUCUUCUUGCACACUUCUUUGAGCUAACGCUGUGCUGUGUAGUGUAGUGUAGUGUAGUGUAGUGUAGUGUGUGGACA